ACUGCAUCUCCACCAUCAAUGAGCCAGGCCGAACCUGCACCCGCAACCGCCCCGUGGGCCCCGUAUUUCGACUCUUGCGACGACGUCCGGCUGCCCGAAACAGACGAUGUCUUUCGAGUCUACCAAAUCAGAUCCCAGGCCGGCCCGUUGUUUAUUAUGCACCAUGGCGGCGGCCACUCGGCCCUGACCUGGGCCCUGGUCUCGGCGCAUAUCAAGUCGCAGCUCCAGAACGACUUCUCGGUGCUCUGCAUGGACUGUCGUGGGCACGGAUCCACCCACACCUCGGACGACGACAACCUCAGUCUGGCGCAACUCGCCGAUGAUCUUGCCAAUGUUGUCAAUUUCCUCUACCCUACACUGCCGGAGCAAGUCAUUCUGGUCGGACACAGCAUGGGCGGCCCUGUCGUGGUCGAUGCAGCCUCCCGCAAGUUGAUCAAGAACGUUCUGGGCGUCGUCGUCAUUGACGUCGUUGAGGGAACUGCGAUUGAUUCGUUGCAGCACAUGCGGUCUUUGAUCCGAUCCCGCCCAAGUCGCUUCAAGUCGCCCGCCGAGGCUAUCGACUGGGCUCUCCACAGCAAUACCGUGAAGAACCAUGAGGCAGCCAGUGUCUCGAUCCCGUCCCAGUUGGUUCCCGUUAUGGGCGCCGACUCCUCCAAAGUCCUCUACUAUGAAUGGAGGGCCAAGCUGCUGAACUCGGAGCCAUACUGGAUGGGAUGGUUCACGGAUCUCUCGUUAAAGUUCCUGACCGUCAGAGGAGCACGACUGCUGAUCCUUGCAGGGACGGAUCGGCUCGACAAGCCCCUGACCAUCGGUCAGAUGCAAGGCAAAUUCCAGAUGACCAUCUACCCCGAGUCCGGACAUGCUAUCCAAGAAGACGUCCCGCACAAAGUCGGCGAUUCGCUGAUCGAGUUCUGGAAGCGCAACCAGCCUCUCAAGCUGCCCAUCAAAAAGUUUCCCAUCCCGGCAAAUCCGCCCAAGCAACAUGCCAUGAAGCUCGAGCCGGCUGUGAGAGACUGAGCAGUGAGUGUGUUGGCCCAAGGAAGUACUUUUAUUUCGCUGCGGGUCCCGCCAUGCGAAACCGGGCACAGCGUCGAUGAAGCAGGGCGUGGUAUGUUCGAGGCAGCCGGUCGCUUGUUUCUGGGCCCAAAUACAACCAAUCCAAUAAACGGGACACCCCGAAUUUUACACUAUGAAAAAA